AUGGCGUUUCUUUUCAAAUCGAAGAAGAAUCAGGACAGGGCGCUUGCAAGCCGGGAUGGGUCGGGGUCGGCGAUGGGCGCGGCCGCGCGCGUGAAGGAGGAGAAAGGCUCGCGAUCGACGCCAACAGGAAGCCUGAACUCUCUUGAGAAUGACGGCAGCAUGGGCAGUCCAGAUCAACCCUACGCCCGCCAGCGAGGUCAAAGCCUAGAUCAACAGCAACAAAAUCCGCCCCAGAUGCAGCCGCCACAGGGGCAACCAGGCGAGCCGCCGUUUCGCGGUGCCCCUCCUACACAAAUGACACCAAGUCCGAAUGCUUCCCUCUAUCCUUGGUCGCAACGGAGGUUGACAUACACCUCGACACACCCCAGUCCAUUUCCUCGAUACGGCGCCGCAGUCAAUUCCGUGUCCUCUAAGGAGGGUGAUAUCUACGUCAUGGGCGGCUUGAUAAAUAGCUCUACGGUGAAGGGCGACUUGUGGAUGAUUGAGGCCGGUGCUAACAUGGCGUGCUACCCAUUGGCGACCACUUCCGAGGGGCCAGGGCCGAGAGUCGGCCACGCCAGCCUGCUGGUAGGGAAUGCCUUCAUAGUUUUUGGCGGUGACACCAAGAUUGAGGAAACCGAUAUUCUCGACGAGACUCUCUAUCUGCUGAAUACUUCAACGAGGCAAUGGUCGAGGACUCUGCCUGCUGGACCCCGGCCCACUGGGCGCUACGGGCACUCCUUGAAUAUUUUGGGUUCAAAAAUCUACAUCUUUGGCGGUCAGGUGGAAGGAUACUUCAUGAAUGACUUGUCGGCCUUUGACUUGAACCAGCUCCAGAUGCCCAACAACCGUUGGGAGUUGCUCAUACCCAGCAGCGACAAUGGAGGCCCGCCCCAGGGGAAGAUUCCUCCCGCCAGAACGAACCACUCGAUGGUGACUUUCGGUGACAGACUGUAUCUGUUUGGCGGCACAAACGGCUUCCAAUGGUUCAACGACGUC